AUGUCCAACACUCUCCCCGACCUCCCCUACGCCUACGAUGCGCUCGAGCCCUUCAUCUCCAAGCAGAUCAUGGAGCUCCACCACAAGAAGCACCACCAGACCUACGUGAACGCCCUCAACGCCGCCGAGCAGGCCUACGCCAAGGCCUCCACCCCCAAGGAGCGCAUCGCCCUCCAGGCCGCGCUCAAGUUCAACGGCGGUGGUCACAUCAACCACUCCCUCUUCUGGAAGAACCUCGCGGGCGCGUCCUCCGAGGGCAAGGGCAACGGUGGUGCUCUCCGUGACGGCCCCCUCAAGGAGGCCAUCACCAAGACCUUCGGCUCGCUCGACAACCUCAAGAAGGAGUUCAACGCGACGACUGCGUCCAUCCAGGGCUCCGGCUGGGGCUGGCUUGGAUACAACCCCCAGACCAAGGUCCUCGAGGUUGUUACCACCGCCAACCAGGACCCUCUCCUGACCCACGUCCCCAUCAUCGGCGUGGACAUCUGGGAGCACGCGUUCUACCUGCAGUACCUCAACGUCAAGGUCGACUACCUCAACGCCAUCUGGAAUGUCAUCAACUUCGAUGAGGCGGAGAAGCGCCUUGUCGAGGCUCAGUCUGGCGCCAAGCUCUAAGCAUCUCGUCGGAUGUUCGCGCGGGGUGGCAGCACUAGCUGUCGGGGUAUGCUGAAGUAUCACAAUGAAAAACUGUAAGAGGAGGAUGGAAGAGUCCAAUCGCAUGUGU